AUGCCUAGCUUACCACCCCGUUCAUCCUCACUGGCUUCGAAGCUGCUCAAGGCAUUCAAUCCGGUAACUACCGUGGCCGACGUCAUUGCGAGACAAGUUGCUGCGGCAUACAGUCCACCAAUACUGUUGACUCUGCCGAGAAGAAAGAAGGCAGUCAUGCAUGAGAUGACGCCGAUUCGAACAGACAGCAGGGGAGGGAGUCGUCGCGUAACUCCGCCCUGGAGAAUAGAUGCAACAAGGCCAAUAUACCCAAGCAACCUCCCAUUUUUACCAGACGUGAACUCGAACAGUUCAUACGUCAUAAACGACAGCGAGCUUUCCAUUCCGGAAAAGAAAAGGAGGAAAAAGAAAUGA